UUUCACAUGAGAUAUAAUAAAAAAUGGAAAAUGAAAAAGAUAUUUGUGUGAAAAAUUCAUAAUCGACUUCUUGUUGGCAACAUAAUUUAACUGAGGAUUAAUAGCAAAAACUAAACUGUUCAAUAUGCAAACUUCAGUUCCACUUAAAUUUGGUUGUAUUGGGAAAUGUACAGCUAAUAUAUUACCUGAAGUACUAGAUAAACUUACAGAUAAUAUAAGCAAAACUUUGUCUCAUCCAGAGGCUAGAAAAAUCUUCAAAAAAUAUCUCAAAAAUGGAAAUCUUAAAACUAGCCUAGAAUGUGUAGACCUAUAUGAAACUUGUUCUGAAUUAAUUUCCAGAGAAACAAAUCAAUCGCAAUCCAAUGAAUUCAAUCUGGAAUACUUGUAUAACGAUGUAAUGAUGGUGAAUAAGAUUGCCGAGAAGUUGGAUGUUCAAGAAAUUGAUUUCACACUCUUGAUGCAAUUCCGCACUGCUUUAAUGACCAAAACUAGAGAUGAACUUCUUCAAGUACUUAUAAACACUAUAGAUCGAUUGCAAGAUGCUUUAAAUCAUAUACAUAAGAAUUUUAAACUUUAUAUUUUAGAGCCAUGCCCUAAAACAUUAGGUAUAAACAAAACAGUAGAAGAGUUUUAAAUGCUUCCAAGUUUUUUUUUAUUAAAUUCAUGUACUACGAAAAUGUGUGAUGUAUAUACUUUCAAUUCAUUUUUAUCUAUCAUAACUUAUAAUCUUAGUUCUUCAAGGUAAAACUUGUGAUGUCAGAAAUGAGGAAAUCUGCAUAUAGUGUUACUUUUAAUACUACUAGUUAUUUAUUGAUUGUUACAGUGAAG